UAUUUUCACUCCAACGGUCCAAAAAUACAUCAUUCAAAUACAUACCUAAUCCCCCCAUCCUCCUAAAAAAUUCAAAACUAGCCGUUACACAAAGAUUUACAGCAAUCUUCACCAAAUCAAAACCCUCCAAGAUAUACUCUCAAACAAUUUCACUUUCAUUUCUUCAUCUAUUCUCUGCAAACGAUUCACUUACCUUUCUUGAUAUUCAAUAUCAGAUAAUUCAUCAAUGGCAGUUUCUUCUAACAGAUCUCCUUCUCCACUUACUGCAAGACCUGUUCUUCCUAAUCCAAGAACAUCUGAAAACACUAAUUCUACACCAAGAAGAAGUUUUAACGGCAACCCUUUUUCGCGACCUUCAGUUCUUUCAAUCCAUAGAGGAUUAAACCCCGUUACUCCUUUCAAUAGCCCUGCUGAUUCAGCGAAAAGGGUGUCUAAUUCAGGGAAAGAAGGGUUGGUUUUUGUGGAGGAUAAAGAGAACGAGUUGAAAGCAGCGAAAUUGAGGUCACCGGCAAAGGGUUCAAAGAAUUUCAUGUCUCCAACGAUUUCAGCUUCUUCCAAGAUUGCUCAAUCCCCUAAAAAGAAAAUCUUGGUUGAAAGAAACGAUCCUGUUAGGACUUCAAUCACUUUGUCUGAUGGUAAAGCUACAUUCUUUUCUCAAGAGCAUAAUAAUAAUAAUCAAAAUUCUGAUAAUAUAAAAUCUUUGGAAGGAACUGAGAAUGUUAUGAUGGAGCCUAAGGAGACUGUUCAUCCAGUUACCAAACCCCAGAAAAAAGUAACAUUUUUAGAGGUACCUUCAAAUUACAACAAUGACCCUGAAUCCCAUUCUGAUACUGUAACCAUGGAUUCAGACCUUUCCAAUGAUGUAAUAGCCCCACUUGAUGCUGAUCCCUCUUUACCUCCAUAUAACCCUAGAACUAAUUACCUCUCUCCAAGGCCUCAGUUUCUUCACUAUAAACCCAACCCAAGAAUUGAAGUUUUACUGAAUAAGGAAAAAGGUUUGGACGUAGGAGAACCAAAGAGUCUAGAAGACAGUUUCUUGUCUGAAUUAUUGUCCGAUAACUUUUCAGACAUAGAUGGUAGUGAAAGUUCUUUAACAGAAGAUUCACUAAAAGAAUCUGAGGGUUCUUCUUCAGAAGAAGUGAUAGUUUAUAAAGAAGAGGAAGAGGAGCCUAAAGUUUCUGAACCUGUAAUACCUGUUGCUGAGGACAUUUCUGAAGCAAAAAUGACAGCAAAACCAAGGUCCUUUAAAACGAUAUCAAAGUUUUUUUCUCUGCUGUUGGUACUUAUGAUUGGUUUCGUAUCGUUUUCAAUUACUGAUUCUCCUAUACUUGCUGCUACUCCUGGUUCUAUAGACUUAAGAUUCUCUAAUCUCAGUAUUCCAUCAGAUAUUCCAAUCCUGGCUAAGGCUAAUAGUCACUUUAAGCAAGUCUCAGGUGAAGCCAUUUCUUAUUUCUCAAAGUUGAUUUAUGACAUUGGUAGAAUAGAUUACGCGCAAAAGCCUUUAAAAUUCAUGAACUUGACUGAUCUAGAAGAGAGUAGCAGCAUAUAUCAUGGAUAUAUUAGUAGUGAGGAAUUGGAUAAAGUGCUUGAACCAAUUGAAUUGGAUGAGGAUGAAGAAUCUGAAACUGAACCUGAUGAGGAAGAAGUUCAAAUGGAAGGUGAUUUAGAUGAUGAAGUGGAAAUUGAAGGAGCACGUGAAUUGGAGAUUGAAGAAAUUUCCUCAAUUCAAUUAGCUGAAGUAAAUGAAGUGGAAAUUGAAGGAGCGCAUGAAUUGGAGAUUGAAGAAGUUUCCGCAAUUCAAUUGACGGAAGUAAAUGAGGCUGAUAGCUUAGAAAAGGAUUUAGGACAAGGACAGCAUGACUUGGUGGAGACCGAAGAAGUUUCUGUUGUCCUAGCUAAGGAAAAUGAAUCUGACAGUUCAGAAAGGGAUUUAGACCAAGGGCUUACAACUUCUGAUGUUGAGCUUGAGUUGGCUGAAUCCAAAUCUGCCAUUGCUGAUAACUCUAUCAGUACUGAUGUUGUCGUUAUUGAGUCCGUGAACGACAAUCCUGAAAGCUUAGUGAAAUAUGAUUCUGCUGUUGAAGAUGCCCAACCUUUGGAAAUGCUUGAUAGACAUGACGGAGAUAAUGUUGGAGCAUAUCAGAUCCUGGGAAUUUCCUCACUUGUAUUGGGUGUGCUUGCUGCUACAGUUCUCUAUGUGAAGAGUAGAAGUGAUAAGACUCUGCAUCCAUUAGCAGCUCAUGCUGAUCAAGUCUCAAGUAAGAAAUUUGAUAAGCAUUCCUCUCAAAACUGGCCCACAGAGGUCGAUGUCGCGGGAGAGUCUUGUCCUUCAGAAAUGAGCAGCUUUCAGAUAAGUUCAUCUUAUAGCAAGAAAUAUCCCAAAUCAGAGAAUGAUGAAGCUCAAAGCAUUGAGAAGAAGCCUAGAAAGAGUAACAGGAGAGAGUCCUUGGCGACAUCUGAGUUCUCAAUGGGAAGUUUCACUACAUAUGAGAGGAUUCAUGCAAGUGGAGGAGAAGAAGUCAUCACCCCUGUAAGGCGCUCGAGCAGAAUUAGAAGCCAUGUCAUUUCCCCGUGAAGAUUCUGAAGUCAUGUCACUGCUGCAUUGACAACUGAAGACGUGCUUUUUGCUUCUCAGCAAAAAUCAGUCUUAGGCCAUAGUCAUUCCUAAACCAAAACUUUCUGACUUAAUUGAAGUGAUUCGAGUGUGAUUUUUAGGAUUUUAAUGUUUUAGCUAGUUAGCUGAUGUCUUUCUUGUUGUUAGUGAAACUUUCUGCAUGCUGCCUCUGUUUGUUGAAGUUUCUUUUAUUAGUUAAGGAUUUUCCUGUGGCUUGUGUACAGCAUUUUGUUUGACCCUUUGCUUCUAUGAACUUUCGGAUGAUCUGA